GUGCGGAGCAGCAUCCCCACCCCGCACAGAUAAAGUGCCGAGCGCUCCUGGGCAGCCCAGCCCCGGGAGAACCUUCCCAGCCCGCCCAUCCCGCAGCCAAGUCCCCCUGCACAAGGAGGACGAGAACGGCUGGACACGGCCACGGAUUUAAAAUGUCUCCCAUGGUCAAGGGGGGUGUGUACAGCAUCACAGAGAUGAGGUGGGCACGGUGAGACCCCUGAGCCCACAGCUCCAGCCCCAGAGUGACAGAAUCAGCUCCAGGUCCUGCAGUGCUGUCCCCAAGCACUGACCCCGAGUGUGGAACAGCUGCAGCCCCAGAGUGACACAAUCAGCCCCAGGACCUGCAGCACCUUCCAGCAAUUCCCAGUGUGGGACACAGCUCUCCAGCCCGCUCCAAGGACGAGCCCCACCAUGGUGUGGGCAGUGCCAGCCCUGGCAGCCGCCACCCUCUGCCUCCGUGUCUCCACAGACCUGGUGAAAGUCACAGUGGCUGCCCUGAUUUUUGGAGCCGUCCUGUCCAAGGCUGAGCAUCCCCAGCUCGGGGUGUGUGACCUGGAGCCGGGCACCAUCGGAUCGGAUCCCAGCACCCUGGACCAGCUGAAGCUCUGCCCGGCGCUGACGGGGGCACAGCAGGAUGCCCUCAAUGCCCUGCUCCUCUCGGGGCGCUCCGAGUACGGGGAUCCUUCGAGCUGGGAUUUACAGACCCUGCACGAUUUGGGGCCGCUGGUGCUGGCGUUGAACCAGACCACGCUGAGUUUGGUGGCCGAGGCAGCCCGGGAGGAUUUCAGGAGCCUCGCAGCCUCCUCCAUCGCCCAGGGCCAUUCCCAGCGGGACAAAUCCCUGCUCCCCCUCGGGGCGGCCGCUGCCUCCCGUCCCAGGCUGAAGCGCAGCUCGGACCGCUGCCAGUCCGACCCCAUCACCGCCAAAAACAUCGAUGAAAUCCUGAUCCUCAGCCUUGAGCAGCUGGACCUGUGCCUGAGCAAUGAUGUGCUGAUAAAAAACCUGGAGGGUGUGGUGGUUCUGCCAAUCACCUCAGAGAUUUCCCAGGUCCUGAAAAAAAAGGUGGAUGAGGUUUUCCCCUCGGGGCUCCCCGAGCAGCUGCUGAGGCGCCUGGGGACGCUGUCCCGCCUCUACACGGAGCAGGAGAUCAGCCAGUGGCCGGUGACAUCCAGUGACACCCUGUCAGCCCUGCUCAGCCCCUCGGGAGGACAGUGGGACGACUCCCAGGUGCAGCAGCUGAUCAGCAGGUACCUGGCCCUGGGGGGCUCCUGGUCUGGGCCCCUGCUGCAGGAAAUGGGGGGCAAACAGCUGUGCCAGCUGCAGGAGGAGCAGAUCCAGCAGAUCCCUGCUGCAGCCGUCGGGACUGCUGGGCAGUUGGACAUCUCUACCUGCUCCCAAGCCAAGAAGGAGCAGCUCUAUGGGAAGGCUCGGGAGGCCUUUGCCAGCCUGGGCAGCUCCCCCAGCUCCUAUUACUGCAGGAUCCGGCCCUACCUGGGUGGAGCUCCAGCAGAGGAUCUGAAGGAGUUGGCCAAUGCUGGUGUGGCCAUAAACAUGGAUCUGCACACCUUCCUCGCCCUAAAUCCCGAGGAAUUGCAGAAACUCAGUGUCACGGAUGUGAAACGUUUGCUGGGGGAAAACCUGCCCGAGCUGAAGAAAGCCGAGCACGAGCCCUCGGUGGAGAGCUGGGUGCAGAAACAAUCCCAGCGGGAGCUGGACUGCGUGCUGGGCAUCGGCCUGCAGGGGGGACAGCCAGCGCCCGCGGGGACAGCCAGCCCUGCCCCGGCCACUGCCACCGGCCCUGUGCCCGCCACCCCAAACACUGCCACCACCCCGGCCACUGCCACCGGCCCUGUGCCCGCCACCCCAAACACUGCCACCACCCCGGCCACUGCCACCGGCCCUGUGCCCGCCACCCCAAACACUGCCACCACCCCGGCCACUGCCACCGGCCCUGUGCCCGCCACCCCAAACACUGCCACCACCCCGGCCACUGCCACCGGCCCUGUGCCCGCCACCCCAAACACUGCCACCACCCCGGCCACUGCCACCGGCCCUGUGCCCGCCACCCCAAACACUGCCACCACCCCGGCCACUGCCACCGGCCCUGUGCCCGCCACCCCAAACACUGCCACCACCCCGGCCACUGCCACCGGCCCUGUGCCCGCCACCCCAAACACUGCCACCACCCCGGCCACUGCCACCGGCCCUGUGCCCGCCACCCCAAACACUGCCACCACCCCGGCCACUGCCACCGGCCCUGUGCCCGCCACCCCAAACACUGCCACCACCCCGGCCACUGCCACCGGCCCUGUGCCCGCCACCCCAAACACUGCCACCACCCCGCGCACCCCCCUGCCCCACCCAGCAGACAGACAGAGCCACCUCCCCCGCUGUCCCCGCCAGCACCCUCCGGGCCACCAGCGGCCCCAGUGCCACCCCAGUCCCUGCUGUCACCUCCGGGGCCACCACCGCUGCUGGUGCUGGCACUGA